AUGCUGACCACGACGCUGCGCCGUACAACGGCCUCACAGCGCGCGCUCGCGCUGCUACAGAGUCAACGUCGUCAUGGCGGUUCAGUCAGCAAGAAUAAACAUGUUGAGAACUGGAACAAUUGGCGAGGAGACUCGGAAAAGCGUUUCAAAUUCAACGGCCAUUUCUUCACAUAUCUGGCGGCCGGGGGGAUCUUUCCUUUUACGCUCUAUUACGUCCUGGGCUCCGACGAGCGUCGCAAACGUGAUGGGCACAAUGGCAUUCCAGGCAACUUUCGUCAGUAA